AUAGUCAGUAUACAUUUGUGUCUCAAACUGUUUGACUGAGUGUAAAAAAUUAAUCGCGAUGAUGAAGUUACUCGUAACAUACUCUUCUUUACUGUGUAUAUUUUCGAUAGAGACGUACCACGCUAGACAGGUUUCUCCUCCGGAAAAUGGCAUCAGGAUCCCGCUAACAAGAAUUCCUCUAACGAAAGAAGAAAUUAACUCAACAUUCGAAUACAGAUCAAGCAAUGGAAUGAACAAAAUCACAAUUCCUCUCGACGGUUACAGCCAAUAUGAAUUUGGAUAUUAUGGAGAUAUUUCAAUUGGAACGCCACCUCUUAAGAUGAAAGUUCAGUUUGAUACAGGAUCGGCUUACCAAUGGGUCCGUUCACCUCUUUGUAUUAGUUCAUACUGCCCAACAGAAAAUCGUACUGUAUACGAUCACAGGAUCUCAACAACGUACCAACCAUAUGAAAAAAUGGAUAUAUCAUUUAUUAUCUUGUAUGGUUCAGGAGCAGCAGUACAUGGAUAUUGGGCUCGGGAUACAAUUUCGAUAGGAGGCGUCCAAGUGAAUAAUCAAAGAUUCCUCGAGCUGCAUUCCGGAUAUGGGCCAGUUCUGCAUAUGCCAUACGAUGGGAUCGUGGGAUUAAAUUACAAACCAAAAAUGGAUUCAAUCAACAUAGUAUCAAAAGUUUGUGAAAUAAAAGGAAUCAACGACACUACAUUCUCAUUCUAUUUCAACAAGAACAUGUUCGAUAAAAAUGGUGGCGAGUUGAUGUUAUGCGGUUCAGAUAGAUCCAAGUACCAAGGAGAACUGAAAUUCGUAAACGAAGUGGAGAGUUCCUUAGACCACUCCUGGACCAUACCUAUUGAGCAAGUUUCAAUAACGACUGAUUACGCCGACGGCUUCCUAUCCUUCGAAGUAAUCGCCACGAAUAUUGUUGCUAUAGUUGACACAGGAAGUUCGUUAAUUCAUGCGCCAAGGGGAUACUUUCUCGCAAUGGAACGAUCUUUAAAUUCAGUCCUCACAAUGAUAGGAUACUCGAAAGAAAAAGUACACCUAUUGCCAAACGUAACUUUCACGAUUGCUGGCGAAGAUUACGUACUUACAAGUCAAGACUAUCUAAUAGGAGACAGCCACGUAAUCGGUUUCAAUGACACUGGUACUCCAUAUUCACUAGAAUGGGUGUUAGGAAACGUUUUCCUGCGAAAAUUCUAUUCGGUUUUCGAUGUACAAAAUCACCGAGUAGGAUUCGCCAAAAGCAUAGGUACUUAAUUUUUGAACUCGUUUUUGAGAUAAUUCAGCUCAAUCGCUUCGUUGAAAAGUUUCUUCCAAAAGUAGCCUACAAUAUAUCUUGAAUCAUCUUUAUUUAUGUAUUUAGAUGGGUAAAUAGUAGUAAAGAAAAUAUGUAUUGUACAAAAUUUUGUAAUGAAUAAAUUUAGAGUGUAAGAACUAUAGCUUAAGGUAUUUUUAGACUUUGUAAUGUAAUAUAGGUUUAUGUAGGUACCUUUUUAUUAAGUAUUUAUCUGUAAUAUUUUGUACAUUGAUGUACCAUAUCCUUGUUUUGUCUCAUCACAAUAAAC